UAUCUCGUUCUCAAACUAAAAACUAUCUGCACUCAGCCAGUUUCUCAGAGCAGCUGCUGGAGUCACUGCAGCUUUUCUGUCACCAUGAAGGUCACCAUCUCAGCUGCUGUCCUUGUACUAGCCAUCUCCAUGUGGACUUCCUUUGCAACUGAUUUCCCUCUUCCUAUGGGCUCAGAAGCAACAAGGGCCCUCCAAGAUGAGACAAAGGCCUUAUGCACCAAGAAUAUAAAGCAGUGCUGGAUGCUUUCCUACUUCAAGCCCAGUGAGCCUAUAUGUGGCAGUGACCAAGUUACCUACAGUGGUGAGUGCCAUCUCUGCUCCAAAAUUCUAUAUGAAGGUAUUACAAUAACUAAACUGCAUGAUGGACCAUGUAAAAACUCCUGGGAUGACCAUGAAGAAUCAUAAAAGUUACUGAAUCCUCAGAUGGCCAAGUGAAGCACAAUGGUUGACUCUUCCAAGAUAACCACUUUAGAGGACUGGGGCUGUAGCUCAGCUCUUGUCUAGCAUGCAUAAGGCCCAAGGUACAAACUCCAAUGCUGGGGGGGUGGCAAAAAGAAGAUCCCUUUAGAAGAGAAUGCUGGUGCUAGA